AUGGAAACGCUGGAAGAAAUCUGGCGACGGUAUGAAGAGGCCAAGCGGGAGCUGCUGCACCGCGCGGGUAGGCACGAGAGCAACGGGGCGAUGAAGGCCCCAAGGGGGGAGAAGCACUACGUGGAAAAGACCGUCCUUCGUAGUUUGCAUCGGGUGAUUAGCAGUUACUGCAGUUUGGUGAUGGUGCACACGGGAGGCCGGCACCCACACGGAACGAAAAAAGGGAAGGGAGGACCAAAAAACGGCGAGAAACGGAGGAGCACAAAAAAUACCUGUGAGAACCGAUGGAUUGAGGGGGCAGCCAAUGAUGAGCUCGCCAGAAGGGUGGCAGAAAAAAGGGCCAUACAGCGUAGACACAUUGAGAGAGUAAAACGGUUUGUUAAAACUGACAGGUCGAUCGGGACCUUUGGCAAGUACGUAGAGAGGGUAUUUCGCUUCAGGGGGCGUGGCACGUACGAUGGGGGAAAAGAGCAGGUGGAUGGGUUCGCAGCGGGGGAGCGGCACACCGAGGAGGCACACCACGUGGAAAUUUCCCCCCCUGACGGGUACAAACGACUGCCAAAACGCAGAAUACAAAUAAGCCUAGAAAAGGACGUCCACUUCGGCCUCUUCCUCGGGGAAGUGGUUAACUUCCUGCAAGUGCUGCUGCAUAGGAAGUCUCCUCAUGAACAUGUGCAGGCGAAUUAUGUAAAGGAAAACCCGCCACGUGUGAGCAGCUUAACCAGUGAGGGUAGAAAAAAUUGGUGGAGCAGGAUGCUAAGCGAGGGGGGGAGGGCAAAUCUACUAGGAGCUCAAACUCCAGAUGUGAAGAAGCUACCUGCACAGAAGGGACGAGUUACCCCUUUUGCAGAGAACCCACAUGGUGGAGGCAAUUCGCGGAGGGAAACUUCCCAAAAAGGUGAAGAAAAACAUGAGGGCAACUCAAAUGGGGAAGAAAGAAGAAAGCGAAACAGAAAUGACCCUUUUGGAGAUCCCCCCGGGGGAGUGAAUACCCCACUUCCCCUAAUGGACAUGAGCAUGAGCAUGCAGUUGUGGAGUUCUCUCCUCGAUGGAAACCACCACCCGCAUAACUGUCUCAUACGAGGGGUAGAUCCCAAUUUGCUCUACGUCAUCGAUAGCGAUAGGGACUUGCUGAGGGUCCUUUUUUUCUUUAAAACGGUGCACUUGUUUGUAGCCUAUGUGUAUGUUACCAUCUGUCGCAGUGAAACGCUGCUUUCUUGCCUGUCUGUUUUUUGGGCCCUAAAUCGCAGCUUCCAUGGGACGUUCAAACUGUCGUCCACAGGGGCAACGGAAUGGAAAAACGCCUACGCGUUCUUCUGUGCGUUCGCCAGCAUGCUGAGGAGGGACAUCCUGCCCCCCGCUAGGGGGGGUAGCCAGGUUAGCGGUGGGAGCGAUGUUAUCCGCGGAAGCGAUGUUACCGGAGUGACCCAGCAGGAGGAAGCUAUACCCGAGGGGGAUACCCCCAAAGGGAUGCAUAACCACUGGGGAGGGAACUCACACCUUGUGCACUGCUUCGGGGGCCUCUGCUUCACAGCUGGCGGGGAAGCUUCCCCUGGGAGCCACCCACGGAGGGGUGCCCCCCCGGAAGGGCCAAACAGCCAGGCACACGGAAAAGGGAAAAGCAAGAAAGAACAAAUAGGAGCUCCACCAGACGGCCAGUACUGCUACUACGCAACGGUGAAAAAUGACGACGACAUUGACUCCGUGAAUUUAGCCAUGCAUGUAACCAACACGAGCAAGGAUAACAUACGUUUUUACAAAAGGUAUAUUCAAGAGCACAUCCAGAGGGGGUUCCUACGUGUGUAUAAGCUGAGCGAGACGAAGAAGAGGACCUAUUCAAGUGAAAAGAACAAGGAGGGAGGAAUUAGCCGCGCGUCAAUGUUUAAAAAUUAUGGCCAAUUGUUUAGAAAUUUUUUGCAAGAAAUUGUAUCAUAA